UCGUGAAAUGAUAGUCACACCAAAAUUGCUAAUGUGGACUCCGCGACAACCCAGUGAAAGGUUCCCCCUCUAGACCCAGAGAUGGCCACACAAAGUCUUAUAAAUGCGGUCCUCAAGUUACAAGCCUAUCAUUCGGUUCAUUCACAACAUGGCGAUCAAGAUUGUUAUUGCUUCCUGUCUGUUGGCCGUUGUGUCGGCGCAGUACGGCGGCUACUCAGCAGGACCCAAGUACGCUGCAGCUCCCGCUCCGUACGCUGCCAAGUACGCCGAGCCCGAGCCCUACGACCCCAACCCCCAGUACUCCUUCCACUACGCCGUCAAUGACCCCAGCACUUACGACAUCAAGAGCCAGAAGGAGGAGCGUAACGGAGACUACGUGACCGGCUCCUACGAGCUGUACGAGCCUGACGGUUCCAAGCGUACCGUGGAGUACUCCGACCAGGGAUACGGCUUCCAGGCUGUCGUCCACACAGAGCCUGCCAAGGGAGGAUACGCUGCUCCUUCUUAUGCAGCCCCUAAGUACGCCGCUCCCGCUUACGCCGCCCCUAAAUACGCCGCCCCAGCAUACGCCGCUCCCAAAUACGCAGCACCUGCAUACGCUGCCCCUAAAUAUGCCGCUCCUGCAUACUCUGCCUCAGCAUACAAACCAUCCUAUGCUGCCGCUCCCAGCUACUCGUCUUACUACAAGAAACCUAUUUUCGUUGUCGCUUGCUUUGUGGCUGUUACUUCCGCUCAGUACGGAGGCUACGCUCCUAAGUACGCUGAGCCUGAGCCCUACGACCCCAACCCCCAGUACUCCUUCCACUACGCUGUCAAUGACCCCAGCACAUACGACAUCAAGAGCCAGAAGGAGGAGCGUAACGGAGACUACGUGACCGGCUCCUACGAGCUGUACGAGCCUGACGGUACCAAGCGUACCGUGGAGUACUACGACCAAGGAUACGGCUUCCAGGCUGUCGUUCACAAAGAGCCUGCAAAGGGAGGUUACGCCGCUCCCGCCUACUCCGCCCCUGCAUACUCAAAACCUUCAUACGCAGGGCCAAGCUACAAUAGAAGAUAUUAAGCCUAUUUUUUUCACGACAGUAUUAAUUUCAUGACUUUUGUACAUACAAUA